UGCCCAGGGCGCGUCCCGCCCUCCGGCCGCGCAGCCGCCGGCGGAGCCCACCUGGCCCGGCUCCGCCCGUCCGCCCGCCCGCCCGCCCUGCAGGAAGUAGGGAGGGCGGGACCGACCGGCCGCAGGACAGGGAUCCAGCAGCACUGCAAGCUAUACCCGCCCCGCUGCUCCUCGGCCGCACGCACAGAUUUGAAAAUUGAAACCAAGCAGUGCCACCUGUAAUCAUUGAGGACCCCAGGUUCCCAGGCCCCCAGCAGGGCAGCUCUUGACGAGUAUUGAGGACCUCCAAUCACGGAGGGCCCCUCUGCAACCUAGCAUGUCCCAGAGACAUUCUGACAGUUCUUUGGAUGAGAAACUAUUGGAAUAUCGUUUCCAUGCAGAGCUGCGACUCGAUGCCAAUGGGAACCCUAUGCCAGGGCUCUCUGUGGUCCGUAGCUCUUUGAGAGCCAGGACCAAUGCUGCCUUUGAGCCAGAGGCCUCCGAACCCCUGCAGGGGCCCCCGGAAGAUGAGGAACCACGUCCCAUCAUCCUUAGCACACAGAGCCCUGCAGCACUCAAGAUGGGCACCCAGCAGCUCAUCCCUAAAAGUUUGGCCGUGGCCAGCAAGGAGGCCAAGACCAAGUCCCCAGCCCGCCACCAGAGCUUUGGGGCAGCCGUGCUCAGCAAGGAGGCUGCUCGGCGGGAUCCUCGCUGCUUCUCAACCCCCAGCUUCUCCUUGGAUGACAUGGAUAUGGACACUAGCAAGAAUCUGACUCGAAAACUGAGGAACCAGUCCUACAGGGCAGCUAUGAAAGGCCUGGGGUCACCCAGCAGCAAGGGAGACUCAGUCCAGCUCGGCCCCAAGCUCCAGGCCCUUGCUGAGGAAGUUCCUCGGCCUCCUGCCCAGAGCCUAGCCAAAAAUAAGAAAACUCUGGGUCGGAAACGUGCACACAAGGGCUCCUUCAAAGAUGAACCCCAGUUGUACCAGGAGAUCCGAGAGCGGGGUCUAAAUACCGGUCAUGAGUCUGAUGAUGACAUACUCGAUGAGCCUGCCAGCCCAGAGGGGUCUCAAAGAGCGGACACCACCAUUGUGGUCAAGAGCUAUCGGCCUGCCCAGCUCACCUGGAGCCAGCUCCCAGAGGUGCUGGAGUCAGGUGUCUUGGACACACUGUCAACGGAGGAGCGCAAGAGGCAGGAGGCCAUCUUCGAGAUCCUCACAUCUGAGUUCUCCUACCUGCACAGCCUGAGCAUCUUGGUGACUGAAUUCCUGCAGUCCAGGGAGUUGAAGGCCACUAUGACACAGACAGAGCACCACCACCUCUUCUCCAACAUCUUGGAUGUGCUGGCUGCCAGUCAGAAGUUCUUUGAAGCCCUGGAGCAGCGGCACAAGGCACAGGUGUGUGUGGAGGACAUCAGCGACAUCUUGGAGGACCACGCAGAGAAGCACUUCCACCCUUACAUUGCCUACUGCUCCAACGAGGUCUACCAGCAGCGUACCCUGCAGAAGCUGUCGAACAGCAAUGCAGCCUUCCGAGAAGCCCUAAGGGAAAUUGAGAAACGGCCCACGUGUGGAGGCCUGCCCAUGAUCUCCUUCCUGAUUCUGCCUAUGCAGAGGGUGACCCGACUGCCACUCCUGACAGAUACACUAUGCCUGAAGACGCAGGGCCAUCCUGAAAGGUAUAAAGCUGCCAGCCGUGCCCUGAAGGCCAUCAGCAAGCUGGUGAAGCAGUGUAAUGAGGGGGCCCACAAAAUGGAGCGCACAGAGCAGAUGUACACGCUGCACACACAGCUGGAUUUUGGUAAGGUCAAGUCCCUCCCGCUCAUCUCUGCCUCUCGCUGGCUCCUGAAGCGUGGAGAGCUCUUCCUCUUGGAGGAAUCCAGCAUCUUUAGGAAAAUCGCCAGCCGACCCACCUGCUACCUGUUCCUGUUCAACGAUGUCCUGGUUGUCACCAAGAAGAAAAGUGAGGAAAGCUACCUGGUCCAAGACUAUGCACAGCUAGACCAGGUACAGGUCAGGAAGCUGGAGGCCGCAGAGCCCUCACUGCCAGGAGGCAGCAGCCGCAGUUCCUCUGUGCCCCACCCCUUCCAAGUGAACCUGCUACGCAACAGUGAGGGCCGCCAGGAGCAGAUUCUGCUGUCCUCCGACUCAGCGAGUGACCGGGCCCGGUGGAUCACAGCCCUCACCUACAAGGAGAGGCAGUGGCAGGACCUCACCAACAAAGGAGACCUGCCCCAGGUGGAGAUCACCAAGGCAUACUUUGCCAAACAGGCUGAUGAGAUCACAUUGCAGCAGGCUGAUGUUGUCCUGGUCUUGCAGGAAGAGGACGGCUGGCUACAUGGAGAGAGGCUUCGGGACGGAGAGACGGGUUGGUUUCCCAACAGCUUUGCACGCUGCAUCACCAGCCGUGUGGCGGUGGAGGGCAACGUGCGCAGGAUGGAGCGGCUACGUGUGGAGACAGAUGUGUAGCUGGACAGCUCAGAAGCCAUCCAUGGUGGACAGUCCUCCCACCAGCAAGUGGUCCUCCUGCCUAACCCCAGAAAGGGGGAGGGGUUUCUCAUGGGACACAGCUCUGUUCCUUGGGCCUUCCCAUAGCCUCACGGUUGAGUGCAGAGCAUAGGACAUCUAUACAUUCCACCUGCUUUCUUGGAAGGCUUUCAGGCAAGCUCCUGGGGCCCACAUUCUGGUAGGAGUCCAGCCUGGCUCCUCUCUGGCCACCCCUUUCUUAGUCCCUGGCCACCUGAGCCACACCCAGGCCAAGGGUGAUACAGGACUGCUGCCUUCAUUGAAGACAUCCCAGAUCCACCCCUCUUUCCCAAGUGAGACAGGGGACAGUGUUGGUGGAAGGUGACCUGAGGUGCAGAAAUACUGUGAUGGAGGUUUAAAUAACAUUAAACUAUUUCUUUAAAACUUGGGUUGACGCCUGAGCUUAGGUCACAGCCACUUGUCUCAGUGAAAUCCCGAGGUAUAACAGGUGCGUGGAGACUGGCCUCAGGU